AUGGAGAAGGCUCCAGGUGCAGAAGAAACUACCCAGGACGUGGAGCUUAGGAGGUUAUCCAAGAUAGCGGUGAGCCUGAGUGCUAUGAAGAGGCAAUACAACCUCUCCUCCUCCCCUCCUCCCCCCGAAAAAACCCUAACCCCUCAAAACCCUAACCCUAGCCCUAGCCCGCACCCCCUCCCUCUCCUCAUCCCAUGGAUCGUCCGCGACGACGCCGGCAACCCCAAGGUCCAGCCCACUCCCCCCGCUCCAUUCCUCCACGCCAUGGCCGAGGCCAGGGAGAAAACUUUGAAGAAAGAGAGCAUCAAGAAGAAGAAGAAGAAGAAGGAGAUGAAAGCGGCGGCGACGGUGUUCCGCGGCUGCUCUUCGAAGGCGCCGGCUUAUUCCAAGGCGGCCAGGAGGUUUUAUAAUGAGAAGAUUAGGGAGCCGCAGAGGUUAAGUAAGGUCCUUGCAGCUGCUGGAGUGGCGUCAAGGCGCGGCAGUGAGGAGCUCAUAUUCGGAGGCAAGGUGACAGUUAAUGGGUCAGUUUGCACUUCUCCGCAGACUCGAGUUGACAUCCUCAAGGACUCAAUCUAUGUUAACGGUAGCCGUCUUCCUAAGAAGUUGCCUCCGAAGUUGUAUUUUGCUCUAAACAAGCCAAAAGGGUACAUUUGCUCAAGUGGUGAAGAAUCAAAAUCAGUAGUAUCUCUAUUUGAUGGAUUCUGGAAGACUUGGAAUAAGACAAAUCCCGGAGUACCAAAGCCACUAUUGUUUACAGUUGGUCGUCUUGAUGUUGCAACUACUGGUUUAAUUAUUGUUACAAAUGAUGGAGAUUUUGCGCAGAGUCUUGCUCAUCCGUCAUCUGAGUUAUCAAAGGAGUAUAUAGCAACAAUAGAAGGUGGUGUCCAUCGAAGACACCUAAUAGCCAUAAGUGAGGGCACACAAAUUGAUGGCGUCCACUGUGUGCCUGAUUCUGUUGAAUUACUGCCAUCACAACCUGAUGCUUCAAGGCCUAGACUACGAAUUGUGGUUCAUGAGGGAAGAAAUCAUGAAGUGCGUGAAUUGGUGAAAAAUGCUGGACUGAAGCUUCAUUCACUAAAGCGAGUGCGCAUAGGCCGAUUCAGGCUUCCACCUGAUCUUGGGCAUGGAAAGUAUGUUGAACUUAAACAAGCUGAUCUCAAGUUACUGGGCGGCACAAUUCAUAAAAGCUAACAAGGGAGAUGAUCAGUGAUUUAUUAAACUUUGAAGCUGAUCUCAUCUGUAUCAUGUUCAUCUAAAUUGGUUCCUCAAAUCCUAAAAACGCUUAGGAAGGAGACGGACAAUACAUCCACGAGAACUGAACAUGAUAUCAUCAAAUAUUGGCAUCUCGGAAAUAAAACAAUUCAGUUCCUUGUGAUGUGCUUCUUGCUUCCAGUUCUUUCAGAAAGGAAGAAAUUGAAGAAAAUGUUCUCUUGUACUGACUCCUCCACAAUGUGAGGAGUUGAGCUAUUUUUGUAAAGUUGGAGAGAAUUGUAUUAGUGUUCAGCGUUAAGUAUAUAUGUCAUGGUGUAAACUACAUUAAUCAUAAUAUUAUUCUUUCAAUGAUAAAUCUAAGCUUUGUGAUAA